AUGAGUGGUGUAAUAACUCAAGCAUUUGAUAAUUUAAAGAUUGGUAAAUUAUCAUCAGAAUCACAAUAUGAAAAAAUAUAUGACGUUUCAUUUGAAUAUUUAUCAAAAGUUAAAAAUUUCAAUGAUGUAAAAAGUUUUAAAAAUUGUCUAGUUUCUUUAAUAAAUUUAGAUAAAUAUGAAAAAGCAAAUCAAAUAAUUUCAAAAAUUCCAAAGGACUUGGUUAAUGAAUUAAUUCUUGAGAUUAGUUAUGUAUAUUAUAAACUUGGUAAAACUAAUGAAAUUUUAAACUUAUAUAAAGAUAAUUUUAAAUCAAUUCCAAUUAAUUUACAAAGUGGAUUCCAACACAUUUUAGCUCAAACAUAUUACAAAAUUGGGGAUUAUACGAAAGCAUCAGAGCUAUAUGAAGAAUUCAUUAGUCAGGAGAAUGAUAAUACAGAUUUGUUAGUCAAUGAGAAAGCAAUUCUUUCACAAUUAAUUUUUCAAAAUGGUUCACCAAUUGAAAUCGAUAAUAGCCAACUAGAUGAAUCAAAUUAUGAUUUAAUCUUCAAUCAAGCAUUGAUUAAUAUUGCUAUUGAUGACCAUGCAGAAGCAUUAACAUUAUUACAAUUAGCACAUAAAGUUUGUUCCGAGAAUAACUUAUCAGAAGAAGAUGUUGAAACAGAAUUGUUACCAAUAAAUUUGACUUUAGCAUAUGUAUAUCAAUCCCUAGGAGAAAUCACAAAAAGUAAUGAAAUUUUGAGUCAAAUAAAUAUAGACGACGUUCAUGAUCAAUUAAUUAAAUUAAUUAUUAAAAAUAAUUUAAAUUCUGGUAAAAUAGAUAAUGUAAAUUUAUUAGAAAGAAAGUUACAAUAUCAAGAAACUAUCCAGGCUUCAAAACAAAAACUCACAGUAUUACAGUUAGACACAAUAUUGCAAAACAGUUUAGUUUUGAGAUUUGCCAGUGGUACUUUGGGAAAUAACAUUCCAUUGAAAACGGGACUUGUUCCUGAAGCAUAUAAAGUAUUAUCUAAAAAUCAAAUAAGUUUCAAAAGCUUAAAUGACAAAGCACAAUUGAAAAAUAUAGGAAGAAAUUUGGUACGAUACAUAAAUAAAGAAAAAAAUUCAAAUUUACAUCAAGCAGCUGUACUUUUAUUAGUCUUAGUCAAUUCAAAAUUAGGUUCAUAUGAUCAAAGUUUGCCAUUAUUGGAGCAAUUAUCAAUUGAAUCUCAAAAUCAACCAGAAUGUUCUCCAGGUAUAGUGGGUACAUUAAUAAAUGUUUAUGAAUCAACUCAAAACAUUGAAAAAUUAAAACAUUUGUUAACGAAAUUAAUUCAAAAAUUGUUAUACACUUCAACUGAUACCCUUAAGAAAAAUCCAGAUUAUUUUAAUUCUGCAAAGAUAAUAGCGAUGAAAAAUUAUGGGUUUAAUGAAUCUACUUCUCAUCAAUUAUUUGAAUUCUUAAAUCAAAUCAACCCAAAAGAUCAACUAAUAAAUUCAAUUUUAUCACAGUCAGAUGAAAAUUUAAUACCAAUAGAUCAAUUACAAUCUAAUAAACCAAUAGAAGAUAUUUUAGCGGUAAAUAUUGAUGAAUUAAUUCCAGUGAAAGUCAAACCUUUAAUUACAAGUACAAAGAACAAUAAAAAGAAUUCCAAAGUCACUAAAAAGAAAAAAGCUCCAAAAUUUGGUAAAAAUAAAGUGCUCAAACCUGAAGGAGAAUUUAAAUUAGAUGAUGAAAGAUGGUUGCCUAAAGAAAAGAAGAAAAAAUUAAGUGGAGGGCAUCAAGGAGCAGUAGAAUCAACCCCAGCUGCAAGUGCAUCCAAAUUGAAGAAAAAGAAGAAGAGUAAAAAGUAA